AUGCCUUUUACUUGCGAAAUACUGGAGCCUAGUGAGGUAUCAAAGAGAGUAACUUACUAUCAGGAAACGGGUUUUAUUCGCGUGAAAAACAAUAAAGUCCCGGAAAAUUUUCCAUGCGUUGAGAAAUUGUGGAGUGAUGGGUACUGUUUAUCUAGCCGAUAUGAAAAUUAUGUUGACGAGAUAGAAAACUUCAAAAUUCGCGAGGAUGAUGUCUGGGUUGUGACUUAUCCAAAAUGUGGAACAACCUGGGCGCAGGAGAUGGUGUGGCAGAUCUGCAAUGAUCUCCAAUUGAACACUUCUUGCAACCUUAGCGAAAGAUUUCCCUUUUUUGAAGCUGGAUGCAUGUGGAAUAAUUGGCCGAAUAAAACAUUAAAUUUUCUAAAUGAUGAACCAUCUCCACGGUUUUUCAAGAGUCACCUUCCUGCUUCCCUUCUGCCUAAACAAAUUUGGACGGUUAAACCUAGAAUUGUCUACGUUGCUAGAAAUAUGAAGGACGUGAUGGUAUCUUUCUACCAUCACUAUCGCAAUAUAUGCCUAUUUUCAGGCACUUUUUCUGAUUUUGCAGAACUUUUCAUGGAUAAUCGUGUGUACUUUUCGCCAUUUGAUUCACACAUUUUAAACUUUUGGCAUAUGAAAGAUAAAGAAAACAUUCUCUUCCUCACCUACGAAGACAUGAAGACAGAUCUUCCAGCUGUCAUUGAAAAAACAGCAGAUUUCCUUGGAAAAUCUCUUAGCAGAAAUCAAAUUAAAGAUUUAGCUGAUCAUCUUUCGUUUGAGAAUUUUUCUAAAAAUCCCUAUGUCAACUAUCAAGAAGAAAUCUUACGUGUAAAAAAGGAAUUCAACCUUCCAAGGGACUUUAAUUUUAUUCGGCGGGGAAAAGUAAAUUCUUAUAAGGAUGAAAUGUCCGGUGAAAUGAUUAAUACGAUCGAUUCUUGGCUGGAAAAUCGAGAUGGUGUGGCAGAUCUGCAAUGA